CAGCGGCGUCCUCCGCUAACUUUGUCUUUGAUCUGCGUAUCGACCGCAGACGGCGCCGCGGACCCAGUCAGUUCUGCCGCAGCAUCCUGUACAUACCCUGAUCGCUGCCAGGGACUCAAAAGUCCGCCGCUCGUCGCACAACAAUAAAAACAGCACUCCCUUCAAGAAUUCCGGCUGACCAAACAGCCUAUUGAAGGGGCGCGGGAAAGCAUUUCUCCGCACCAACAGCAGCAAAAUGGGCGUCCUCAUCGACAUGUUCACGCGCGGCGGCCCCGUGCGGCCCAAAGAUGUAUUGGACGCGGUCGCCCGCGACCCGGUGUGCUGCAAAGACACUGAUGAGAAGACGGGCAACACGCCCCUCCAUUUUACUUGUUGCAACGGCGCACCUAUCGAAUUGGUACGGGCGUUAUUGCGCGCCUACCCCGGCGCCGCCUCGGUAGAAGACGGCGACGGGAAUUUGCCCCUCCACGGGGCAUGUUCGUGCGGCGCGGCACCCGACGUCAUUGAGAUGCUGCUGGAAGCGAACCCCGGGGCCGCGAGACACCUGGCCAACGGCCAGACGCCUUUACACUAUGCCUGUUGCCACCAGUGCGAUCCUAGAGUGGCCAAAUUACUGGUGGAUAGAUAUCCCGAGGCCUGCGGCGUCCAGGACCGGGACGGGAACGCUCCUUUACAUUUCGCGCUGAUCCGGAGCGCGCACCCGGCCGUCGUGCAAUUACUCGUGAAGACGCAUCCUCUGGCGUGCGCGAUGCGCGGCUUUCUCGGGAGGCUGCCUCUGUCGUUGGCGUUGCUCUACGAGGCCCACCCUGCUGCAAUCAAGGCCGUGCGCGACGCGUACCCCGACGCGUGCUUGACAGUGUAUGAAUCAAAUCGUCGACCACACUGACUCACGGGUUGAUUUGCGCACAGGCACCGGAACGAGGAGAUGGUCGCCGACUACCGGAACCACGGCAAGCUCGCCGACUACGCGCGGUGCGCCAAGUGCGAGCCGCGGCCGCCGCCGCCCUCAGACUUCGGCCCGCCGCGCCAGUUCUGAGGCCGCAAAUGCCCGCGCGGACGGGGUCCUAGACGCCCGUCGCGCCCCGCGCCCCUACGGCGCACCAACUUUCUCUCGCAGUUCGAAAACGCACUCGACAAAGUAUUAUAACAGCUGUUGUCCACUA